CACGUCAGCUACAGUGACAUGUCAACAGUGACACAUCAGCUACAGUGACACGUCAGCAGUGCCAUGUCAGACACAGUGACACCCAAGGCUGCCCAGCUACCGGCUGAAGAAGCGGCAACAGCAGAGAAGCUGCGGCUACAGGCCGAAGCAGACGCAGAUGCCCAGGGUCGCCGCAAGGAAGCCCAGGAUCUGUUGCAGCGGCAUGAAGCCAACAGCAUCGAGAGACUCAAGUUCCUGCACUUUGAAACGAACGGCGACGAGGCAACACCUGAAGAGCAGCAUAAGGAGUUCCUCUCCAAACUCGUGACAUGGUUGUUGUGUGCUUGCAACUACCAAUGGUCCGAGUUAGAGAAACAGAACCAGGAACUGCAGCAACAGUACCAGGAUCUGAAGACACAGCACCAAGAGUUGGCGAACCUCCGACGGAUGGUGCAGAGCCAUGAGGAUGCAACACGGGCACUCAAUGCCCAUGUACUGGACCUGGAACAGGUUGUACCAGGACCAGAUGCUGGUGCCUCCAGCAGUGCACCCUCUAGCCGCCAACUGGAGGAACGCGUUGACCACGUAGUGGCAAUGCUCGGCGACAUCAGCACCUUCGCUGCGCCGACCACCAUCAGCAGUCAGCUGCAUACCUUGAAGAUCGAGGUCCAGCAGCUGCAGUCGACGAACACGGAUGGCAAUCCUAAGUUGUACAAGAUGCCAACUUUCCAACUGGACAAGUUCGACGACUACACACAGCAGGAUCUGGUCCUCUGGUGGGAAGCAAUCACGAUGCAACUUCGGAUUCUGCCUGUCGCAAAGCAUGCGUACAUCGGCGCCCUGUUCAUGAACUCAAAGGGCGGAUGCCAGACCUGGUUGACCCACCUGGCAACCUCUCACGGCGUCGACGUACCAGACUUAAAGGACAAGAUCACAUGGGAGGAACUGACACGGCUGUGGAAGAAACAAUUCAUCGUCGACGACGCGCUGACACUCGCCAUCAACCGUCUUUUCACCAUGUCACAGGGCAACACCGCAACACGAGACUGGCUCACGGAAUGGCAGAAGAUCGCGGCAGUGCCCGAUCUGGACUUACCAUUCACGCAUCUACGUCAUGAGUUCUAUAACAGGUCAUGCGUUGUGCUGAGCCAGGCACUUGGUGAUCGCGAGCAGUAUGCAUCUUUCGUCGAAAUCAUCGACAAGGCAAGAGAGAUCAUCAAGACCAACAGGGCGGCUGCACACGAGAAGUCCACGUGGCAGCCAACCUAUGUGGAGAAGGUAAGAACUGGUCCGCGACAGCAGCAGUUCGCUGCAGUCCAAUCGGAUAGUGGAGAAGACCCAGCAGCCACUCCAGCAUCACAUGAGGGAGAUCAGGUGGCUGCUGUCCAGCCGCGAAGCAACAAACCCCGAGUGAACGGGAAGGCGAAACCAGCAUCGCAGGCCGGAAACGGACAGCCAGCACCACCAUGGGUCAAGUUCGGCUUCACCGAGGCCGAGUACAAGUACCGCAACCUACCGACUUCGUUGAUGGACGCCAGAGUAGAGGUUGUCCAUCUUCACGCCUACAUUGCGAAGAUCGACCGCGAGUUCAAGAUGCAACGAAACGUCGGCCCUCUCCCACGCAUCGACGAUCUUCUUGAGCGACUGGGUGGCGCCAAGUUCUUCUCCAAGCUGGACCUCAAGUCGGGAUAUCACCAACUCGAGAUUCGGAAGGAGGAUCGCUACAAGACCACGUUUAAGACGCGAUAUGGGCAUUUCGAAUGGCUGGUCAUGCCAUUUGGCCUUACGAAUGCCCCAGCCACUUUCCAAGCGGCUAUGACAACGGAGUUCCGACACAUGCUGGAUCGUUACGUACUUAUCUACCUCGGCGACAUCCUGGUGUACAGACGGAGUUUGGAGGAGCAUGUGGAACACCUGUGCACCGUUUUGGAGCGGCUACAACAAGCCAAGUACAAAGCCAACCGCGACGAGUGCGAAUUUGCGCAGCAGGAGCUGGAGUACUUGGGACAUUAUGUGACGCCGCAAGGCAUCCGUCCGCUUGCGGACAAGAUUGAGGCCCUACGAGUAUGGCCCAAGCCCACCAACACCACGAACGUUCGUUCAUUCAUGGGACUAGCGGGCUACUAUCAGCGAUUCAUCACCGGAUAUUCCAGGAUUGCUGCACCUAUGACGCGGUUACAGUCGCCAAAGGUGCCAUUCGUAUUCGAUGACAACGCACGCCGGUCAUUCCAAGCACUUAAGACGGCUAUGCUUAUGGCACCCGUCCUUAGCAUCCAUGACCCCACACUGCCGACGAGAGUGACUACGGACGCUUCUGGCUAUGGCAUUGGGGCAGUCUUGGAACAGCACGACGGCGACGACUGGCACCCUGUGGAGUAUUUCAACCACAAAGUACCUCCCAUCAACUCGCUUGAUGAUGCAAGGUAGAAGGAGCUGCUCGCAUUCGUCAUGGCUCUCAAGCGAUGGCGGCACUUCCUCCUUGGGCAUCGUAGGUUCACAUGGGUUAC